CUGGAUAUUUUGCUUGCCCAAACUAUAAAACUGUACUGAAAUAACGAUAGUAUUGCAAAUAAUUUUGACUAAUUACAAGAAUAGAUAAGUUGUGAGAAUAGUGAAGAAUAAUUAGGGAAGAAUGUGGCCGUUUGUGGAUGUGGUGCGUCCCCUGUUGGCAGGAAGUGGUCCUUAUAUUAAGGUUUCCGCCUCCGGCAGACAUAUUGCCGAACUUACUGGAGCAAAUUAUUCAACAUAAGGCAAGAGAAAGGACUUCAAACUUGAGUAGUUUUGUUGACUACAGUGCGCCAUACAAUUAAACAUAGAGCACAAUGGAGCCGUCAACCAGUCCGGCCAAGGAUACCUCCCGGAUGAACCGCUACAAGAACAAAGCGCUCAACCCAGAGGAGAUGAGGCGCAGGAGAGAGGAGGAGGGCAUCCAGCUGAGGAAGCAGAAACGAGAGCAGCAGCUCUUCAAAAGGAGGAACGUGGACGUUCUCACUGAAGAGGAAGCCAUGUUGGAGAGUCCCCUAGUGGAUCCCCACAUGAGUGUACCAGUAGCUGAAGGUGUCAUCACCAGAGACAUGGUGGAGAUGCUUUUCUCAGAGAACCCGGAGCUUCAGCUUGCCACGACACAAAAGUUUAGGAAACUUCUUUCUAAAGAGCCUAACCCUCCUAUUAAUGAAGUUAUAAACACGGCUGGAGUGGUGGAGAGGUUUGUGGAGUUCCUAAAGAAGAAUAGCAACUGUACACUACAGUUUGAAGCUGCAUGGGCUCUCACCAACAUUGCAUCAGGCACGUCCAUGCAGACCAAGACUGUCAUUGAAGCUGGAGCUGUUCCCAUCUUCAUCGAGCUACUAAAUUCUGACUUUGAGGAUGUCCAGGAGCAGGCUGUGUGGGCGCUGGGGAAUAUCGCAGGGGACAGUGCUGUGUGCAGGGAUUAUGUGCUGAACUGCAACAUCCUUCCACCUCUAUUAAUGCUCCUGACUAAAUCCACAAGACUGACCAUGACCAGGAACGCUGUGUGGGCUCUGUCUAACCUCUGCAGAGGGAAAAACCCUCCGCCUGCCUUUGAAAAGGUGUCGCCCUGUCUCCCGGUACUCUCCAGACUUUUAUUUAGCAGCGACCCAGACUUGCUGGCAGAUGCAUGCUGGGCACUCUCCUACCUCUCAGACGGCACCAACGACAAAAUCCAGGCUGUCAUCGACUCCGGCGUCUGCAGGCGUCUCAUAGAGCUGCUCAUGCACGCCGACUACAAGGUGGCCUCUCCUGCCUUGAGAGCAGUGGGGAACAUCGUGACGGGAGACGACAUCCAGACACAGGUGGUGCUGAACUGCUCCGCCCUGCCUUGUCUUCUGCACCUUCUCAGCAGCGCCAAAGAGUCCAUCCGUAAAGAAGCCUGCUGGACCAUCUCCAACAUCACAGCAGGGAACCGAGCACAGAUACAGACGGUUAUCGAUGCUAACAUCUUCCCGGUGCUUAUUGAAAUUCUACAAAAAGCCGAGUUCAGGACCAGGAAAGAGGCUGCCUGGGCAAUCUCGAAUGCCACCUCUGGAGGGACACCAGAACAGAUCAGGUAUUUGGUGAACCUGAACUGUAUCAAACCGCUCUGUGAUCUGCUCACUGUGAUGGACUCCAAGAUUGUUCAAGUGGCCCUCAAUGGCCUGGAGAACAUCCUGCGACUGGGCGAGCAGGAGGCCAAGCAGGAGAACAACGGCACAGGAGUCAAUCCAUACUGCAGCCACAUUGAAGAAGCAUAUGGUCUGGACAAGAUAGAGUUCCUCCAGAGCCACGAGAACCAGGAGAUCUACCAGAAGGCCUUCGACCUCAUCGAGCACUACUUUGGAGUGGAGGACGAGGACAGCAGUCUGGCCCCCCAGGUGGACCAGGCCAACCAACAGUUCCUCUUUCCCCAGCAGGAGGCGCCCAUGGAGGGCUUCCAACUGUAAAGGAUAAGAGUUGUCUCAUUUGAUUUGGGAGCGCGUGUAGCCAUUUCUAGAUGUCAUGCCUCUGUUCUCUCUCGCUGAUCUGAAACCAGCCGUACCCCGACUUACCGCACGCACACACAUCUCGCUGCCACUUGUUUGUGGGUGGGGUCUGUUGGUGGCAGUCAUGAUAUCAAUAUUUAUAGACAUUAUGUUUUCUUUUCCAAAUAGGACAUUCCUACUUUGAGGAAAGAGGCCCACCUCCUUGAUAUCAACCUGACAGUGCAAUUUAACAAAGAUAUUUUCCCUUUUUUAUGUUCUACCCCAAAUACCUACUUGACUUUUACUUUAUUUUUCUUGACGGAGCGGCUGAUGUCCUCAUUGGAGGGAUCAAUCUCCACACAACCCAAUGCGGGAGGGGACACAAACUAACAUGUAUUUUUUUUCUUUUAGUUUUAAUUGGGGACGUUUUUGUGUGUGGGGGGCUGGUGGGAAAUGAAUCUGCACUUGGGAAAGACUCUGGGCAAGGUUGAAAGAUCUAGAACCGUCAGGGUUCCUAAAGGUGGUAAAGUUAGCUAGAGAUCAAAUGUUCGUCGUGUGCUGUGUCAUUAAUAAGAGUUCAUUGAAAUUAGGAGGUGAUCUAACAAGGCGAAAGCUAGGGAAGCAAAGGGGGGGGGGGGCAGCAAUUGAAGCAAUCCAUUUUUAGACAAUUCCAGUGCAAACAUGUUGCCCCCCCUCCCCAUCUGCUGCCCAGCUGCAUGUAUCGCAUGGUAUUUUGUCACACACUGCCUCUGCACAUCCUCGGCCACCAAGCAGGAGCCGGUGGACACGCCCAAUGGUGUACUAGAGUGGAUGUACACCACCGCGGGCGUGUACAUGCUUAUGUUGUGAUCCCGUGGCAUGGUCUUCCUGCCCUGGUGGUGAUGGAUGUGUCUCAGACAGCGGUGAUUCAAAAGUGUAGUUUCAAUCGGGUAAUAUUAUUUGCAUAGAUAUUCAUGUAUUGUUUGCACGCACGCACACACACACUUGCAUACAACACUUGCACACAUCACACUGAUGAGUGGCUAAUAGCAAGAUCAUUUAUUUAAAAAAAGUUUCCAGCCUUUAAGUUCAAGUUAGUGAAUUGGCUUCUUUUUUUGUUCCUUGAUAAACACUUAAAAAUGAGUUUGAAUAAAAAGCCAAAUGUUUAUUAAUCAAAACUACAAAGGUGUGUUAGGACCACUGGGGGAGAAAAAAUAGCAAUGCUAUGAAGUGCAGAAAUUCUAAGAAUCAAGUUGUAAUUUUGCAAGGAAAGAAGUUGUACAAAAUAAAGAUACAGCUUUACCAGAUAAGUCAUCUUUUUUCAUACAAUGAAGUCAGGAUUAUGAUUAAACUGUUGCAUUCAAGUCAGGUGGGAGUUUUGGCAUUCAGUCGUUUGUAAUCUACCGUGCACCUUUUUGCUCAUAUUACUUUUUGGUGUGUGAGCCCACAAAUACUCAAAGAAUCCUAUUUUAAUUCUUUGUGAGUAUUACAACUUCUUUCUAGACAUACAUUGUCUCCAGUGUUACCUAAAUACAUAUACAAAAAAAAAAAAUUAAUGACCUUUUUUUUUGUCAACAUACUUGAUUUUGUGGUGUGGGGAUUUCACAUGGAAACUUUUUUUGGUCAUUGCUCUUAGCCACUGUGACUUUGGUUGAUUUGAAUGAGCCAUGUGAAUGCUGACCCUCAACUGGUUUGUAGUCGGGGGGGUCAGUGUGGGGGCUCGCGUGAUGUUUGAUGACUGAGUGGCACCGUGUGAGGGAGAGCUCGUUUGCUUGACUCUGUGACUUCGUCCACCGUCAGAGUCCAGGGAGCCUCUUGUUCUGUGGAGGGCUUGUUGGAUACCAUUCAGUGUUGCACAUUGACUUUGUGUACUUAGGUUACUAUAGCAACGAUGAAGCUGACAUUUCCUGAGAUGUCCUCCACAGAACAUGUGCACCCCUGGAAGAAGUACACUAAUAAUAAUGAUAAUUGAGCAUCAACAGCAUCUCUACAUGACAAAUGUGCAGAGCAGGAUUUAUCAAGGAAGUCUUUGAUUUCAUGGGGAAAAAAAUGCAACGUUAAAAGAACCAGGAAGGUGUUUAUUUCCGCAAAACUGCACUCCUCUUUUCACAAAAGUGCCAAUCCGACCAACAAAGACUGGAGGUUCUUAUGUAUCCUUCUUGGACCUAUAGAUUUAUUUUUUCUUUUUAUAUAAAUAUAUAUCUUUUAUUUACUUGAAUGUGCACACGUAUUGUGCAACAAAAAACAUUGCUGCUCUAUUUUCCUUACCUUUUUUUAAGUUACAUUAUUUUGACAUUGGAAAAGAUGGCUUUCUUUACUAUGGCCGCCUGAAUAAGAAGUGGUGCAUUUACUCCGCUUUCCAGUUAGCCCCUCUUCAGUAUAUUGCAGUCUAGCAACAGUUUUCACUGUCCGAGAGGAGUGCACACCACUGUAUUGGGAAUGGGCCUGCAGACAGUACUCUCUUUACACACGCUGCAACUUAAGCGAACAAUUUCAGGCACUUUCCUUCAAGUUUACCAAAGUUUCUCUUCCCAAUUUUAAGGCUGUGAUAUUGACUUUCCAGCACCUUGUCGCAAUGAGAGAUUUCUGCAGACCCUUCAAAGUUGCACUCCUUUUGCUUCAUGUAUGGGUUGAUGAGUAAACGCAAGCCAACCUCCAAGACUGCAAUAUAUAUGUUGAAAAAAAAUCAUGAGGCCCUCUUGAGGCAAAGAUGACAUCUGCUCAUACUUGACAUUUUUCUAAGUUAUAAAAAAAAACCUGGGAUUGAUAAAUGCAGUGAUUUACAUGAGAAGGUAUUAUAUGUAUGUUCUGCUACACUGACAGGGAUUCACAUAUAAUUGUAAUCACUUCUGAGAAGUGGGCAUUUGAAAUAUGUCGCAGGAAUAUAGGCUUUUUUUUUCCUGAUGGGGAUAUUCUGAGAUAUAUUUUUGGAUAAUUGUGUUUAGAUUCAAAAGAAAAAGCUGCCUCAUCAUGAAAUCAUGUUCAAGAUGGAAUAGUCAUCACGAAAGAAAUUCCCAAAUAUGACUUUAUAUGUCUUCCGUCCUACAGAAACUGUUGGCGUUUGUAUCACAAACAAUGCCACGCUUGGCUUUGUCACAUCAUGUCGUCUAACGCUGCAAAUGUUUACAAUGUUUGUAUACUACUUUUCAUGUAUAACAUCACUGACCAGUCCUCAUCUUUUCUCCUCUGGUCCUUUUCAUUUCUUUUUAUUUAUUUUCUCUAUCCUUUUGGCUGUUUGUUUCCAUUUGCUCCAAAAUAACCCCAUCUCUCUUAAACUGUGACUGGACUUGACUUAACCGACGGUAUGAAUGAGUGACAAGAAAACAAUUCAAGUGAACAUGACACACAAACAUGAACAUGGGGAAAAAUAUAUGUCGAAAUAUGUAAUGGUAUGAAAUUACUGUAUGAAAAUAAACUAUGAAGAAAA